ACCGAUAUUUAGGAAUUCAAUAAUUACUCUCUUUCAGUAUGUUUUAUCAGAAUAUGUAUCUACCAAUGGUUUUAUCUCAAUUAGUUUAACAAUAGUUUUUGUUUUUGUUUUUUUUCAAAUGUAGGCACAGGAAAGUUUAUAUAUUUUAGUGUCUCUGGCAAAAUUUAAAAAGUCACUGUCACACUGGUAAGGAGUAAAGAUUAACGAAACCCGAAACUCAAAAUUGGAUCUCAGACUGAUGCCUCUAUCUAAACAAAACCUGAUUGUCAACAGCGUUCUCACCACAGAGGAUUUACAUUGAUGAGAUAGCACUUUUUUGCUCUGAACAUCGCUGGUAUUCAAACUGUGUCUCAACUCUGACAAAGAUGAGUGUAGUGAAGGUGAAGAAACACCUCAUACUGGAGGAGAAGAUACAGGCGAUCGACAUGAGUGAACAGGGGGCAUCUCAUAUUGCCAUUGCUAAAUACUUUGAUGUGUCAAAGACACAAAUCUCUAACUUAAUGAAAAGAAAAGAAGAGGUUAGAGCAAUUUGGAAUGAUGGCUGUGUCCAUCAGAAGAAAAUUCUAAAACCAUCAUUGAGGCACCCAGAGGUUGAAGAGGUCGUAGUAAAGUGGUUAUUACAAGCGAGGAAAAAUGGCAUUCAUGUGAAGAGAGAAUUUUUGCAGGCUAAAGUUAUUGCUGUGGCCUCUGAAUAUGGAGUUCCGUUUUCUCCCAGCAAUGGCUGGAUACAUAGUUUUAAAAAGCGACAUCAUUUAUAUACUGGAGAGAAUUUAGAUGAGUCUUUGUUCAAUGAUAGUACGGACAUGAAAGUGGAGCGAGAAAAAGAUGGAGACUCGUCUAAAGAUGAUGAGACCUUUAAUUGUUCACAACAUAAUAUCACAAAGAAUGAGCAAAUGCUGUCUGGAUUAAGGAACACAGAAGGGGCAAAGUCCACAGAAAAACUGCCAACCGGUGACUUACGAAAAGGUCUACUGAAAAAAAGGAAAAGAUCUAGUGAACCCGGCAGUGGAUUAGACAAGCAGCAUAAAUCUAGUGAACCCGGCAAUGGAUUAGACAAGCAGCAUAAAUCUAGUGAACCCGGCAAUGGAUUAGACAAGCAGCAUAAAUCUAGUGAACCCGGCAGUGGAUUAGACAAGCAGCAUAAAUCGACGAAGAUAAUGGCAAGGGAUUUACAACAUUUUGCAAUGGGAGGAGCUCAGGCUGAAGGAGAUGAAAGGCCUGCAGCAUUCGAUGUUGAGGACAGUUAUGAGCUGGAAAAUGUGUUUGUUUGUCUUGGUGCAGGACUUUUUUUUAAAGCUCGUCCAAGGCCUGUUUAUCUUCAGAAGAAAAAGCAGUGUGCAGAUGGCCGGCAGGCAGACCAACGCAUCUCAAUGGUACUCAUGUGCAGCGGAGUUGGAGAGAAAUUCUCUCCUCUUAUAGUAGGACGCUGUCAAACUUUAUCCCUCUCACCGGGUCUUUUACCGGUCAAAUUUAUGCCUGAGUAUGCAGCUCACAGUAAAUCAUGGCUCACACAGAGUAUCUUUAAGAACUAUUUGUCUCGACUUAACGAAAAGUUGUCACACGAGGAAAGACACAUAGUGUUACUGUUGCAUCCAGGUGUCCCUGCUUUGGGUACUUCUUAUAGCCACAUCAAGACUUUGCCUAUCAAUAGUUCUUCAGCAGGGAUUUUCUACACAGAUAUUGUUCACCCUCUAAAAGUUUGCUAUCGCAAGAAGUUUCUGAGACACUUACUGAGCUUGAAAUACCAGUCAGUCUCAACUUCUGAUCUUGCCAAGCAGGUGACGGUACUAGAUGCCAUAGUGUGGCUUCGUUCUGCUUGGGAGGGCGUGUCACCGUCUUUUAUCUCCAAGGCUUUCCUUCGAUGUGGCCUGAACGGUGUUCAAUUGGAAGUAACGGAAGGCACAGAAGCACCAGCCCAAGCUUCUGCGGAAGAGGACGGGAAAGCUCUGUUGCCAGAUGGGGUUUCUUUCAACGAUUUUGCAAAAAUAGAUGAUCAUCUGACCACUUUUGACCCAUCAGAGGGUGAAGGGAGGGAAGGAGAGUCUGUGGUGGAAGCAGAGGAAGAUGUUCCACAGGAAACAGAGGAGUCCCAACCAUCUCAUGUGUCCUGGGACAGGGCCAUGAAGUGCCUGGAGAAGGUUCAACUCUGUGCCUUCCAGAACAGCAACCCAACUCUGUUGCAUCAUGUGAGGGAAGCGGAGUACUGUUUGAUGUCUCAGCGUAGAGAAACGGAGGGUGAUGUGUAAACACUUGUAAAGAGAGACAGUCGUACAGUGGAACUCGGAUUCAACGAGCUCGGAUUCAAUGAGAACUCGGAUUGAACGAGAUGAGAUAGGCUCCCCGUUUUUUUUCUUCUUUAAAAUCAAUAAAAAUAACCCGGAUUGAAUGAGCAAUUAAAUCAGUGAGCUCGGAUUCAACGAGGUCGCUUCCAGGGUGAACAGCCCCCGCAGACGCGGCUUCACUCAUUUUUCUC